AUGGGAAUGGGACUUAUACAAGAUAAGACAACCGAAUAUUUACAAGAACUCUUGGCUCCUUUUGAUAAACCAGUCGAUUGUAAUAAUAUCAAUUUAUACUUUAAUACACCGCAACGAAGGAAGUUGCCACCCCCCCACAUUCUAUGUCGUGAGCAUCCUGACUUUUUUGAUCAAAAAGGUAUCGAGUUUCUUCCUGACGUAAUGGUUGCUGUUGGGAAUGCUAUGGAACUCUAUAAGGCUCGCAACAAUAAAAUGAAUGAUUUCACUACAACUAACAAGAAAAAAGUCCGACCAGAUGUAUUAGUUUAUUGUAGAGACGUACUUGUAAUAAUGGGCGAGGAGAAAGCUGCUAAUUCAACACUUGCAACUGCAGCGGCAGAUUUAGAUUAUUACUUUAAAUUUUGGACCAUGCUUGCCUUUGUUGAAUCAUCAACAACACCAAAACGUGAGAGAAUUGGAGGUGUUCUGUCACUUGGAACUGAAGUUAAGCGUAAUAACUAUCUUGCAAUUAAAUAUUAUUCGGAUUAUUAG